AUGAGUGUAAAACGGUCUCCAGUGAAGAAUAAACCAGCCCCAUCCACCCAGGAAAUCAUGCCUACCGAAAACACACCACUUUCUACUCUUAGGAGGAGACGUGGAAAUAUCCAAGGAGCAAUCAGAGAUUUCCAAGCCUUCGUAGAAACUUAUGAGAAGGUCAGUGUAGAAGAGCGAAUACCUGAGAAACUUCAAGCUGCAUGGGAUGGAUUGGAGAGACGGUAUGAGCCGUUUGAAGAUAUUCAAGAUCAAAUCGAAGAUCUAGAUGAAGAGGAACAACCAAGACGCUUCGAAAUCCAGGCCAUGUACGAUGAUGUGCAUGGAGAAUUUUUGAGACUUAACACGCCUCCAGUUGCAUCAACUCUACAAGAGAAUUUAAAUCAAUCCCUAGGAUCAGGGACAUCAGGCCAACAAUCAGGUUUAAUUUUACGACUGCCAAAGCUCGACUUCGGUAAAUUUGAUGGCAAAGUCGAAAAAUGGCCCAUGUUUUACGAUUCUUUCAUGGCCACAAUUGACAGCCAUAUACAAAUAUCCCCAGUGGAAAAGUUACAACACCUACGAACUCAUUUGGAGGGGCCUGCUGCUGAAGCGAUCGCGUCACUCAGAACAACAGAUGCAAAUUAUGCAGCAGCACUAGAAAUUCUCAAGGAGAAAUAUGAAGACAAAGAGAAAAUUAUUCUCAGCCAUUGGCAACGCCUCGUCGAAUAUCCACGCUCACAGAGAGAUACACCUCAAUCACUUGGCAAGUUAGUGGAUACCCUCAAUUCACACUUGAUGCAAUUGAAAAAUCUGGACCAGAAGAUCGUAGGCUGGGACAUACCGCUGGUUCAUCUGAUCCUAUCAAAAAUCACCCAAUACACAGCUAGCCAUUGGGAUUUACAUAGAGCUGAUCAACGAGAAUUACCAAAAUAUACAGAAUUGUUAACCUUUUUGAAAAAACGAUCCAAAUGUUCCAGGCCAAUUGACGAGAAGGAAAGCCCAUCCCCACGCUAUCGACGCGAGAAACAAACAUUCCUAACUACUACAACAACCAACGAAAUGAAAUGCGGCAUGUGCAAGGAAAAUCACAGCAUCAUGCGAUGCCUCAAAUUCAAAGCGUUCGAUCCAAAACAAAGGUACACAGAAGCGAAGAAACGGAACUUGUGUAUCAAUUGCCUUGCACCAGGACACACUGUAACGCAAUGUAAUUUACGCAAUUGCUCUGUAUGUCAAGAGGGACACAACACUCUCCUCCAUAGGGAGGGCGGUCAAUCUUCAAGUACUUCCUCUCGACAUACUUCACUCAUCAUCAAUGCGUCAACGUGUGAGCUAAUGGUCACUGCAAAAAUAAGGGUAAAUAAUAACAAAAAUGAAUUUAUCAAUUGUCGUGCACUACUGGACACCUGUUCCACUACAAAUCUCAUCAGUGAAAGGCUAGCUACUAUUCUAGAACUCCCUCGAAAAAAUUUCUCAGCAUCCAUUGGAGGAUUGCACAACUUAACAACAAGUGCUCAACAAUUGGUGACCACAACGGUAAAGUCACGAAUUAACAACGAGACAAGAAGAUUGACCUUUUUGAUUAUUCCCAGCAUUUCGACUUCAGUACCAGAUCAGCCACUCAACAGAAAUAAAAUAAAAAUACCUAAGCAUGUGAAAUUAGCGGACCCAGACUUUCAUCGUCCAGCACCAGUCGAUAUGUUGAUAGGGACAGGAAGCACCAUUGGACUGUUGGGAAUGAGGAAGAUGCGAUUGUCUCCAGAGGAUCAGCCAGAGUUGUAUUUAUUGGAAACAGCCCUGGGAUAUGUCGUUGGAGGGGGAGCACCGACUUCAAGGCCUGUUAACAAUCAUUCAUGCCAUUUCACAACCAUAAAAACUCCAGAGUUUGAUUUAUCACGUUUCUGGGAAAUUGAAGAGCCUAUGUCCACCACGAGACUCAAGAAUAAUGACGCUGCAGCUGAACAACACUAUAAAGAUCACGUGACUCGCGAUUGUACGGGAAGAUAUAUUGUCGCAUUACCAUUUAACGACAAAAUUGAAAAACUUGGGGAAUCGAGAUCACAUGCGUAUCAUCGUUGGAAAUCAUGCGAAAGGAACUUGAAAUCAAAUCCAGACUUCGCUCAUCAAUAUCAUGCAGUUCUUCAAGAGUACCUCGACUUGGGGCACAUGGCCGAAGUUUCCCCAUUUUCGCUCAUUCACUAUGGAUACUAUCUGCCGCAUCACGCAGUAUUCAAGGAAGAUAGCCUCACCACCAAGGUUAGGGUAGUUUUUGACGGAUCCGCUAAAACGAACUCCGCAAUAUCGCUGAAUGAUACAUUACAUAUCGGACCCACGAUUCAGGAGGACAUAUUCUCUCUCCUCGUCCGUUUUCGUAUACAUCGCUACGUUGUGACUGCUGAUAUAGAGAAAAUGUAUCGACAAGUUCUCAUACAUCCACAAGAUCGCAAGUAUCAACGAAUAUUGUGGCGAACGGACGACGGACCCAUCAAGACCUUCCAAUUAAACACUGUGACGUUUGGCCUAUCAGCUGCGCCAUACCUAGCAAUCAGAACAAUCCACCAGCUGAUCAAUGAUGAUGGACAUCUGUACCCAGCAGGCGCCAGAGCCUUGAAGACUGAUUGCUAUGUGGAUGAUUUGAUAUCAGGAGCAGACACAAAGGAAGGAGCUAUCGCCAUCCAACGGGAAACUGAAAAUCUAGUCCAACGGGGAGGCUUCAAGCUGCGUCAAUGGGCAUCAAAUGAUCCUUCAUUACUUCACGAAACAUUGAAAACCCUGGGACUUUCUUGGAAUUCUACUGAUGACUCAAUUAAAUAUUUCGUAAAACCUUCCGCUGGUGCGCAAACAACAAAAAGGCUUGUUCUCUCAGAAACUGCACGAUUAUUUGAUCCCCUUGGGCUGUUGGCACCUGUUGUUAUUGUUGCUAAAACGUUUAUUCAGAAACUCUGGGAAUUAAAAAUCGAUUGGGAUACUCCUUUACCUCUGGAUAUCAAAGAGGAAUGGAAUAAGUUUUACGAAGGUUUACCACUGCUGGAGACUAUCAACUUCCCACGGGGAGCUCGCAUAAAUGCAGCCAUUGAGUUGCAGAUCCACGGAUUUUGUGACGCCAGCCAAAUAGCAUAUGGAGCCUGUGUCUACUUAAGAUCGAAGGACAAAGACGGAAACGUCAAUGUCAGCCUCCUAUGUGCUAAAUCUCGUGUCGCCCCACUUAAAAAACAAACGAUUCCACGGUUAGAACUGUGUGGAGCUCUGCUUUUAACCAGCCUUAUCGAGAGUGUAACACAGUCUAUUCAUCACAAAAUUGAUCGUGUCUGUUAUUGGACAGAUUCAACCGUCGUAUUGCAUUGGCUCCACAUUUCACCAAAUAAAUUGCCAGUAUUUCUAGCUGGACCUCCAUGGUUGUCCUCUGAGGAGCACUCCUGGCCUACAUUGGAACUCCAAUUUUCAUCACCAGCGCUUGAAGAAAGGAAGGCUAAAAUAAGUGUACCUACACAAAUCUGCCCGGUCACCUUUCAUCGGACUCAAGAGAAAAUCACUCGACAGGGGAAUGUCCCCAUGUGGUUUUCAUCGAUUAAAGAGCUUCAACGAAUCAUCGCUUACUGCUUGAGAAUGAAAAAUCACAACACGGGUCGUUUUUCAGUGGAGGAACUUGAAUAUGCUCUUCAAGGCAUCAUUCACUGGGUGCAGCAAGAAAAUUUUAUCCCGGUAAUAACAGCCCUACGCCAAGAUAAGAAGACUCGCACUCAACUAUCAGAAAUUUCAAAAUUCAGUAAGCUCAGCCCUUUCCUGGAUACCAGAGGACUUCUUCGAGUCGGUAGUCGAUUAAGACACGCAACGGUUUCCUUCGAUCAAGGACAUCCUCUGAUACUACCAAAACGUCAUCACAUCACAAACCUCAUCAUCAGAAAUGAGCACAUAGAGCAUCUUCACGCAGGGUCACAGACAACUCUUUACGCGGUUCGUCGACGAUUUUGGCCUCUGGAUGGAAGAAAUGUCACUCGUCAUCUCGUACGUAGUUGUGUAAAGUGUAUACGACACAACCCUCCUCCAGUGGACUACGUCAUGGGGAGUUUGCCGAGGGCUCGUGCAACUGAGUCUCGCCCUUUCUCCCAUGUCGAGUUAAAAGUUGGGUUGUCUGUCUUCGUCUGUCUUGCCAUCAAGGCAGUACAUCUUGAAGUUGUUAGCGACCUGUCCACCGAAACGUUCAUCGCAGCCCUACGUCGUUUCAUCUUAAGGCGAGGCAUUUGCACAGAUAUCUAUUCAGAUAAUGGAACAAACUUCGUGGGUGCAAACAAUAAAAUCAGACAAAUCUAUGUCUUUUUGAAAAAGGCGGAGAACGAAAACAAAAUUCAAAAUUACAUCUCAUCAAAAUCGAUUCAAUGGCAUUUUAUACCACCACAAUUGCCUCAUUUCGGAGGUCUUUGGGAGGCUGCUGUUAAAUCUUUUAAAUACCAUCUAAAACGCAUCAUCAACGAUGAACUCCUUAGCCUGGAAGCCUUCAAUACAUUUGUCAUCGAGAUCGAAGGAGUUUUACAUUCACGGCCAAUCACGCCAAUCUCAUCAGAUCCCAACGAUUUGAUUGCUCUGACUCCGGGACAUUUUCUAAUUGGCGACUCCUUGACAAGUCUCCGCAGUCCCAACUUUCAAGAGAUACCAACUAAUCGACUAUCAUCAUGGCAACACGUGCAGAAGCUGAAACAGCAUUUUUGGGCUCGCUGGCAUCGCGAAUAUAUAAGCGAGCUCAGCCUGAGGUCAAAGUGGAUGAACGGGGAGCAUUUCAUAAAGAAGGACACUAUGGUGCUCAUCAAGGAGGACCACUUACCCGCACAACAAUGGGCUAUAGGUAGAGUUGUCCAUGUAUAUCCAAGGGAAGACGGUAUCAUCCGAACCGUCACUGUUAGAACAUCGAAAGGAACAUUCAAUCGGAAUGUCAAAAAGCUCGCGCCCCUGUUUUAUGAACCUCAUGAUGAUAAUAGAAAUGUUUAA